GUACAGCGUAUUCAACAGAUUAAAAGGAGGAAAAUGGCAAGAUUUAAACUAGUUAUUUUUGUAAUAUUAAUAUCAAAAGUGCCAUUUCUUUGUGACGCAGUCAAAGGGAAAAGGAUGAAAGAGAUCGAAGAGAGAGUGAAUCAAUUCGGUGAAUUAUUCAAUGCUGGCAAAUUUAAAGAGAUUGGAGAAAUGCAUACUGAAGAUGCGAUCUAUCUCCCAAAUGAUGGCAACAUCACCAUUGGAAAAGCAGCUAUCGCAGAAUUCUAUGAUAAUGGUUUUUCUGGGAAGAAUAUCCGGUUAGACAUUUAUACCAACAAAGUGUUCGGCAGAGGCUCAUUCCUUGCUGCGUUUGGAGAAUGUGAUAUUUACUACCCCAAUGGCUCCCUCAUCAUACACAUUAGGUUUAUUGCCAACUUUAAGCGUAUUGGUGAAGAGUGGAUGAUUGCAGGAAAUGUUGAGAACACUGGACCAAGAGAAUAAGAAAUAAACCAUAUGAAAUUAAUAUACAGGUGUGAUGGAACAUGUAAAGUAAAUAAAAUCCUUGUCU